CAAUAAUUAACUUUCUAUUUUACUUAAAACAGCCUAAUACAUUUAUUCCUUAUGUUUCUCAAGGCGCGCUACUGAUAUUCAUGAGGUGUGUUAUUAUCCAGUAUGAUAACUAGGUAUCUAACUUUUUCAAUAACAUCAAAAUAGUAUUCGAUACGAUAUGCAUGCGACUUUUUUCGUAUUUGUUUAAAGUAUCAACGCAGUUUUGCUAAGUGUAGUUCAAUCACAGACUGUAUAUAUACUUUUGUGAAGUGCGUAGCUUUCAGCGCUUAGUGAUUUUAUCAUAGUUAAAGUGCGUUGUUUAUGAGGAAGAGCUAUCGAUCUGUGAAAUUUAAUGGAAAUUAUGUAUCCACUUAAACCACUUGAAUGUAGAAAUAUAAACUGUAUGUAGUCGCCGGCAUGCGGUUUUCAAGUUAAGGCCAUUGUAAAAAUGCCGCAUUCCCCAUAAAAAUCGCAAUCCCCCGGUACCAGCCGAUCUUUUUCAUCCGCGACGCUGCACCUUCAUUAUCGCCAUCAACCGACCUGUAGCCGGUGUCGGUGAGAAGAUAAGCGCGGAUACUUUUCAAAAGUGCGAUUUUAUCUAAUCAGUUGACACGACAAACAAUGAACCUGAUUUUAUCUGGGAUGUUGUGUUCGGAUUUUCGUCAGGUCGUCGGGAAACGCUGCGGGAAGAUGAAGUUAGCCGCCAAAGAAAAUGUGCUUCGGGUCUCCUUGUUGGUAAUGAGCAUCUGCUUUGGGACCUUAUAUCCUGGACCAAGCCUAGAUCAUUCUGAUGAGUUGCCAAGAAGCACGAAACAGCUGUCUAGAUCAUUCUGAUGAGUUGCUUAAAAGCACGAGCCAGCUGUCCAUGUUUGGCAGUCUGUGGUCGGAUGGACAAAAGAUUUUGAGUAUAUCGCUGAUAGCUCUAGGAAUAGCUCACAUAGGAGAGCUGAAAUGGCCAAGGAGAUACACCGGUCUGAAUUUUAUAGAGCUGCCUACGUUUGUAAUCAUCCUGGGCGUUAUGAGUUUCAUUUUGGCUGUUGGAGGAUGUAUCUGUUCGAAAAGCUACAGUCGAAUAUUCUAUAGAUGGUUUCUGGUUACCUUAAUCCUGGUAUUGGUCUUGCACGUAUCGAUAUCUGUGAUGGCAUUCAAAACCAGAUCACCCGAAUUAAACCAGAAAGUAGAAAAUGCCUUAGUGACAAAUGAAGUGAUUUUUACAGAAAAUCACUACAAGUGUUGCGGGUUGCGUGGAGACGAGAUCGAAUGCAUCGAAAAAAAGAUCAAGUUAGGAUGUGCUCAAGAAAUCAUCGCAGCUUUAGACCAAGUUUUCUCACAAAUAGGACACGCUACAGCAUAUAUUGCGUCUUUUCAGGGUAUUAUAACAGCAUGUGUGAGUGCAAUCUUUUAUAUAAUACUUUUCAAUACCCGUUGCGUAUAAAAAUGGAAGAUGUGUAAUAAAUACUGC